AUGUCCGCACUUUCAGGAGACAGUCAAAUAUUUAUUGGAAUCGACCACGACCUCCCCUCUACUUUCAUAGGUCUGCACACAGGCUUCUCGGAAAGAGACGUUGGUCCCACCUUAGGCCGAGGUAUCGCUAAACAAAUAACUACCGUUUGCGGAUUCACCAAAUCUACCGCGACUGACAGCGAAUAUGGCAAGUAUGGACAAUCGCUCGAAGAUGAUUUCAGAGAUACCGUCUGGGAUCGAAAAUUACAAGCUCUCAAAUACACCUGGAAAAAGGAUUCCGCAAAAUAUCAAACUGUUUAUAGUGGUUUAUCUGAUGAAGAGUAUCUUGAGAAACAAGAAGAAUUCAAAUAUGCCCUGUUUCUCACCGCUCAAAUUGUUGAGAAUGCAGAUCAAAUUAGAUUACCAAUUAGGAUCUUCGAUUCGGGCCAGAGGAACGAAUGA